AUAAGACAGUGCGAAACUAGCAGGCGGCAGGCUUCCUAAAGCGCAUUAUCUGUAAGAUUUAUUUAGCCUCAACCACCAGUAAUUUGUCACAUACGCGUGGCGCGUUUACUCCACGUGAAGCCGUUCUUUCAUCUACGAUUAUGAAGCGGCUGGCAGUGUUGGUGGUUGCGCUGUUGUCAGUGCACGCAGCAGUUCCGAGGAAAAACUUUAUCUCGCGCUCCUUUCCUGACCAGGCUGAAGUCAACCAUCUCGGGCUUGACCUCUGUCCCACAUGCGUUGACUUCACCGACCAGACCAUUGAUAUCAUUCUUAACAUAAUUCUCAAUGCUGGCGUGGUGGGUACAUGUGCGGAUUUGUGUCAGCUGGUGGAGCAGAAGACAGGCAGUGAAGUAAUCGGUGCUGUCUGCGACAUCCUGUGUGAUGUGGCGGGCAUCGAAGAAUUUGUCAACCUCAUCCAGAAGGCUGAUCUAGAUCCAAUCUACUUCUGUGAACUGAUCCGUCAAUGUCCGAUCUUUGACCAAGGUGAUGCAAAGAUCAAGGAUCUUUCAGUUUCACCUCAAGUUGGACCUCAAGGCCACAAGACUAUCACCUUUACUAUCGACUCUCAGAAUGGGACAGGCACAGGAGAGCUUAUCCUUUUCAUUGAAACUGUUGAUGGAAUCCCUGUUGAAACAGGUCUACUGUUGGAAGCACAAAAGCCAAGCGCCUUUCCAUCCCCCCAGAGUUUUGCCUUGAAGGCAAAGCCAGACCCAAAUUGUGAUCCAACUCAAGAUUUUUGUGAAAUGUGGUUGCCUGGAAAUUAUACACUGAUUGUCGAUGUGUGCAAUGGAGAGUGUGGCAGUAAACACCCUCAUAGCCAAGUGUAUGAUCGUAAAACGGCCAACUUCACAAUCACUGAAUAAUACACCAGAUCACUGAACUCUUCCAAUGCAUUUGGAAGCACUGGACAGCACAUGACCUUCACAUGCUGCAUUUAAUAAUAAUUAAAGAUAAUUUUAAUGACUGAUGUCUGUUGUCUGCUUAGUGAAAAUAAAAAGCAUUCGAUGUUGAAUUCUUGUUUUACAAAUCAUGUAUAACAUUAAAAUACAGUUCUGAAGCA